CGCCCUGUGCCAUUAUGUUUUGAAAUAACCCAGCAGUAUGGACCGGUUCGCUUUUGUCGGCGUUUUAGAUCGGUGCACGCGUAACAGGCCGAAAACGAACGAUUUUUUCGGAUUUCGCUUUACCGAAGGAACGCUGACGGACACGUGAAACCCGCUGCGGGACGGUUCGGUAAACAGUUUUCCGAUGUAUAUUUUUGUGCGACUUUGCUGUGCCGUAUUUGUAAACGUUGUGCCGCUUGUCAGACGAAAACAUAGGUAAGACAAUAAUAAUAACAGUAUUAUGUCAUCGACGAACAAUGAUUCGGAAGACGACGAUCCGAGGGUGCAUUCGUCUGGGAUGUCAUCCUCCGGCCAGCCCAGACGUUACGAGCUAUCGAAAUCCGAGUUGCGAAAGAACAAUAAGCCAAUUAUGGAGAAAAAAAGGAGAGCUAGAAUCAAUCAGUGUUUGAAUGAACUGAAAACACUUAUAUUGGAUGCACUGAAAAAAGAUCCGGCAAGACACACAAAAUUGGAAAAAGCGGACAUCCUGGAAAUGACCGUGCGGCACCUGCAGUCGUUGCACCGGAAUAGCAGCUCCAGCCGACCACUGGCCCCAACCACAUGUCCGACGGUCGAACCUUUGUCGUCUUCGUCAUCGACCGCGGCCUUAACGGCGGUGGUCGUUCAAAAGUUUCAGACGGGUUACCAAGAGUGUGCCGGCGAGGUGAAUCGGUUCGUCGACCGGUUGGACGGGGUGGACGAAGACAUCAAGAAGAGGCUAAUGUCUCACCUGGACUCGUGCGUGGCCAAAAUGAGGUACGUAGCCGCGGCGGCGGCCACGGUGCCACCACCGCCACCACCGCCACCACCACCACCACAUCCACACGUAAACAACAGUUUUUCGUUGCACCAUCGGCUCGACCAAGCGGCAGCGGCAGCAUUGGCUGCGGCCGCGUCGGUCCCGUUGCCAAGCGGUCGACCGGUCUUGCAGCAGUCGGUGCUCGGAGACUUAACGCCCACGAUCGUCUCGCCGACAGUCCCGUCGUCCGUCCAACUUCCGUCCAUUCCAAAAAUUGGGCGUCUCCGAACGAGCGCGUUUACGGCGGUACACGGUCAGCUCCCACCACCGGAUGUCGGUCCGACGCCUUUCGUGUAUUGCGACGAACCUGACGUGUCGUCAACUAGCUCGUGGGCCGAAGACAUGGCCACCGCGGCCGCAUCCCUGCAGCACCCACCGCUUGAUUUUUCGAUGAAAAAAACGGUAGACGGGUGCAGCAACAAGAGGCCUUUGGGCGAUAUAUCGGUAAACGUUCCUACGGCCACCGCGUCGUCAUCCUCGCACAAGCAGUCGGCCACGGCGGCGUCAAGCGGCGAUGGUCCUACACCCGCGCGCGUCCGCAGGCCGGAAGCUGUGGCCGCUGCAGGCGGACCUUGCGACGGUCCCGAUUCCGACCCGAACAUGUGGAGGCCCUGGUGACGCCAUCCGCGAUGAGUUGCAGAUAUUUACUGCAGCUGCAAUAGGGCUGACGGUGUUUUCGAUACAACGGUAAUUACUUGGUAUUGUUAAAGAAAUCGGUAUUUAGUAUUUGAUAAUACUGGUAUACCAUGAUUUGGUCUUUCUGGUUGUUACCGUGCCAAAGUAAUUACCGAAAAAAACGAAUUCAUGUCCGCAUAAUUUUAUAAUUGGCAAAUCUAUUUUUAGUGAAAUGCAGUUCAUAAAAUAUACACAGUUUUUAAAAUAAUAUGAAAUUUUCCUAGGUCAGAAAGACUGUUAUAGGUUUAGGUCGUUUAGCUACAGUAAACACACCACGAUUUUCGAGAUAUGUGUUUACGGUAAUUGUCAUGGUAAGGUAAAGUUUAAGGUAACAUUACCGAAAAUACCGUAGAACCGAUAAUGCCGUCGAUACUACUAGUAAACAAAUACCAGAUACCACUGGUAUCAACGUGUUUGAAAUACCGCCAGUCCUAAGCUGCAGUGUUGGGUAUUUAGUUACCCUCGUUACAUUCACGAAUGCAACGUCWUAUACUUCGUGUAAAGUAAAUACAUAUUAUUAUUAUUGAACAAUUUGUGCCUACAACGUAGUUAUACAUUGGUACCUUUAAUGAUACACGAUGUGACUUCGCGAAUUAUUCCAUUAUAUUGUGUACGGUACGAAACCAUAAAAACGUAUGCGAUACAUCAUAUUUUAAUUUAAAAAUAUCCCACUUCAUAUAUUUUAUAUUGUAGUUCUUAAACAAAGGAGACAAAGACACAAUUUUAGCAAUUCUGCUAAUUAUUGUCAUGCUUUCUAUAAUUACACAUAAAGUGGCGGUCACAUGGAGAUUUCAUGGAGAGAGAUGAUGCUGAUUUUUUUAACACGUACAUUGGUCAUAAAAAUUAUUAAAUUAUUAAUAUAAAAAAAUAACAUAGACUUAAAGUAACUAAUAUACAGUUUAAUGUUUUGAUGAAAGAAGCCACGAUAAUUGAUACAAAAUAAAAACUAAAAAGUUCAAUAUUAAUUAUUAAUAUGUAACAAUAGYACCUAACUUAUUAAUGUGCUUUUAAUGUCAAUUCGUCUAAUAGCUCACUUGGAAUAAUUAUAUGAUAUUAUAAUAUUAUAAUUAAGACCCCACGAUGAACAAUCAUUAAUCAUU